AUGGACAAGUACAUCUCGCACUUUCGCGAGCAAUCAAGGGAGCAGCAGCAGCAGCAGCCGAGCCAAGGCCCGGGCGAUUACGAUGCGAUCAAGGCGUACGCUACCGGUUACCGGGGCAACGGUAGCCCUAGGCUGGCCGAGCCGGGGCAGCUCAGGCCGGACGGGGUGGCCACCUCGUCGUCCGCGGCGGUCGUCGAUUACUUCCACCAGCAGCAGCAGCAGCAGCAGACCGAUCUCGAGCACCAGAACAAGAUGUUGCUGCAGGGCUGCGCCGAGGGGGCGAGCGAGGGCACCGCCGACGCCCUGGGGCUACAGUUGUCGACGAGCGUGGCCAGCGAGCUGCAGAGCUUCGAGCCCGAUCAGGUGGCCUGCAUCUGCGAGGCGCUUCUCCAGAGCAAGGACAUUGCCAAGCUCAGCCGAUUCGUGGGUUCGCUGUCCAAGCGCCAGCAAAAGGGCGAGAGCGUGCUGAUGGCCAUGGCGGUGGUGGCGUUCAACGGGGCGAACUACGACCAGGUGUACAAGAUCCUGACGUCGCACGAGUUCUCGGAGCGCCGUCACCCGGAGCUGCAGAAGAUGUGGUACGAGGCGCGCUACCUCGAGAACGAAAAGUCCCGGUCGCGGGAGUUGGGGGCCGUCGACAAGUACCGGCUGCGGAAGAAGUAUCCCCUCCCCAAGACCAUAUGGGACGGCGAGGAGACGAUAUACUGCUUCAAGCAGCGCGCCAGGGAGACCCUCAAGGCGGCGUACUUGGAGAACAGGUACCCCAACCCGGCCGAGAAGAAACUACUCUCCGAGAGGACGAAGCUCUCGAUGGUCCAGGUGUCCAAUUGGUUCAAGAACCGCCGGCAACGCGACCGGCCGACCCAAAAGGGCGCCGAAAUGAUUCCGCCGAGCUGCCAUUCGGGGAAUCCCUUGACGAGUCCACUGGGCAGCGGGAACAGCGCGAGCAACGUCAUUGGGAGCCAAAGCCAGCACCUCGGCGGUAACAGUCAGCAGCAGCAGUCCGGGCUGCAGCUCGAGUCCGGCUACGCGUCUCUGACGAUGUCGCCCGUCCCGGGGAUGGGUAUAGCCUCGGCGGUUGGCCCCAUGCAGCAGCAGCAGCAGCACGCGGGCUACGCGAGCCCCGCAGUCUCGGUCACGCCCUCGCCCGGCCACCCAGGCGCCGCCCACCCCCACGAGCUCAGUCCCAUUGGCGACGUCAAGCCGCCGCACUGCGCCUACGUUGCCCGUGAUAUUUACGACAGUCAGUGGAAAUUACGGUUAAUUAAGAGCAUGAACGAUGACGAGCACCAAAAAAACAAACUCGCCGAUAUGACGAUAGUUGCCCCGAGUAGUAAUUGUUGUACCGAUGCCGGGAGCAACAGCGGUAGUGGCAACAAUAGUAACGAGAGCCUCUUGUCGCGUGGAUUUUUCGCAGGAAAAGAGGGGUCGGCUGCUACACCGGCCGCACCGGGCGAUCAGGCCGCCUCGCUGUACUACUCCAACGUAACCUCGCACCACCAGUACUACCAGCCGAGUUAUCACCACCACCACCACCAUCACCAGAUGAUGACGGGCUCGCACCAUCACCACCACCAUCAUCAUCACCAGUUGGGCAUGGGCGCGGGAUACGAGAACAUGCUGCCACCGGCCCAGCCCUCGAUGUGACCGGCGGACUACA